AUGGGACUGCAAUACAUCCUGCUCCACCUCGACUCCUCAGGGACGUACGCCAGGAUCCUGUUUAUGGACUUCAGCUCGGCAUUCAACACCAUCAUCCCUGAAGUCCUUCAUCAGAAGCUCACCCAGUUCUCAGGAUGGAAAAUUGAAUUUUUGAGUUGGGACCCAACACAGUGUGGAAGCUCAUCCAUUAUCCUGCCCAGGAAGAAGUUCUGGGUCCCUGACAUCAUCAUUGAGGAAAUUGUGGAUGAGAACAACGCCCCGGAGACAUACUAUGUGACUGUGAGUCACACGGGGGAGGUGCAGGAUGCUUUGCCAGUGGAAGUCAUUAGUUCCUGUGAUCUGGACAUCUUCAAGUUCCCCUUCGACAUACAGAACUGCUCCUACACCUUCAACUCCUGGAUACACCAUGUUGAUGAGAUUCAGCUAUCAUUUGGAAAUCAGGUGGAAGAGAUGUUCAACAGGUCCAAGAUUGUCAUGGCCACCCAGGGAGAGUGGGAAUUCAUAGACUUGAGGGCCUUAAAGCAUGAACUAGUCAACUUUGAAGGGAUGACGCGUGAUCAGCUCAAAUACUAUAUUACACUCAGGCGGCAGCCAACCAUGUACGUGGUGAACCUACUGAUCCCAAGCUUCCUCUUGAUCACACUGGACCUGUUCAGCUUCAUCCUGCCCCCACAGAAUGUCGACCGCUCUGCCUUCAAGAUGACCCUCAUUCUGGGUUACACCGUUUUCCUGCUCCUCAUAAACGACCUGCUGCCCGUCACUGGAAACUCCAUUCCACUCAUCAAUGUGUUUUUCUCCUUGUGUCUCGCGCUGAUGGUGGGCAGUUUGCUGGAGACCAUCCUAAUCACUAACAUGCUAUGUGGCUCCAUCCGUGACCUCCCAAUGUCCAACUGGAUAAGAGUGCUUUUCCUCAAAUACCUCGCACGACUAGUCUGCAUGGGAAAGAGCAAACGCGUUGAAAAUCAGACAGCAGGCCGCGGUGGGAACCCUUUUGUGCCUUAUGAGGGGGAGAAACAGCAGGGGACAGGAGAGUCUAAAGAGCCCCAGACUACAGACGCCAGCCUGCUGGAGCUAAAGCGCCUGAGAGACGACCUACGAGCCAUUCAAAGACAGCUGGAGAAAUCUGACACAACAAACCGAACCGAAGAGGACUGGAUCUGUAUUGGGCUGGUCAUAGACCGCCUCUUAUUUUGGGUGUACAUCAUCUUCCUCCUCCUCAGCAUCAUUGCUUUAGUGGUUAUAUGGAUUACAUGGUACUCUGGCUACCAUGAAGAAGAUCACUAA